AUGGCUGAAUUAUUAAACCGUAAAAUUUUAUUUGGUGGUAAAUGUAUUCGUGGUUUUACAACAGGUAGAACAAAUCAUCCGAUAUGUGAAGAAGCUGAUGUGUUUCACAAUAGGAUUCGCACGAUAAUUCUUGAUAACGAUUUUAUAAGUGAAAAUUGUACGAAAGGUCAUGACUGGGCAAUUAUUGAGGUUGAACAACCAUUCGUAUUUACGGAUAAAGUACGACCAAUAUGUUUACCAUUAAAGAAUGAAAAAUUGCAAAAUAUUUUAAUGAUCUUUGGUUGGGGACGAAAAAAUUCAUUCUCUGAUGGUAGUCCGUUAAUUCAUGAAACACCGAUGCAACUUGAUGUAAAUUGUCAAGCAACAGUAAGUGACACGAUGCCAACAAAAGUAGAUGAUUACAUUUGUAUGAAAUCAUUAAAUCCCAAAUAUAUCGAUACACCACGUAUUUGCUAUGGUGAUAGUGGUAGUGGUAUGCAACAAAUUAAUGAUGAUGGAAUUGCAACAGUAGUUGGUAUUACAUCAUAUGGUUUAAAAGGUUGUCCACCAAAUGAACUUGCUCGAUUCACACGUGUUGAUUAUUAUCUUGAUGAAAUAUGUCAAAUAACUGGUAUUUGUUAUACCAUACAAAAUUCAACGAUAUUUUAA